AUGUAUACCCCAGCAGUAGCAGCGAGGAAUCAAGUGUACAUAGUGGUAACUAUAAGGGCUCAAAGUCAAACAGUCUUAACUUGCAAACAGUCUUAUCCAAUAGCAUCUAUGUAUAAAAAGGAAUCCGAAAGCUAUACUAGUAAAAGUAAGAAGAAGGAAAGAACCCAACAACAUCCAUCCAUCUUCAAAAAUGAUUCUGAAAGCGAUGAUCCAGAAAGUCAUGAAAGUCAUGAAUAUGUUCCAUCACCUUUACCAGGUGCACACACAGGGAAUGAAGACAGCCGAAGUGAAAGUGGAUCAGAUAGUGAAGCCGCGCUUUCAGACUUUUAUAAUGAAGCCGAGGACUCUCAGGAUGAUCAGCCACCUGUACCACAAUUAACAAUGAACUUUUUCAAAAAUUUACUGCAUGGUUGCAGGGUCCAGAUGGUGGUCGAAAAAAUAUGAAGUGUUCUCUCCAAUGUUCGAGGCAAGUACAAUUGGUUGCCGCAGCAAUAAAUCCUGAGUCUCCCAAAGUUUCAGAUCUGUUUGACCGGAAGAUAUUAAGGGAUUCCUGGUUAACCAAAUUUGAGAAAGAAAAACAACCAGAAACUGUCAAAUCAUACCUUGGAUCCCUCAAUUUAUUUUUUACGUUCUCAAAAUGUGAACAGCUUGGUCAACAGUAUGGUGUUGCACAUGACCAACUUGGUGUCCUUUCUGACCAAAUGAGACAAUGGAACAAAUCAUACCGUAAUCUAGUGAAACACAGAUUUUGGGUUAAGAGAAUGGAGGACCUGGCAAACCUCAAAACCCCCCCAACAUGUCCAAGAGUUUGA